UUUAUUAUUAUUUUGAAUCGUUGGUUGGAUGACACAAUAAUAUUAUGUCCAGUAUAGAAUCAAAAAUUAAAAAUCGCUCUGCCAAUUACAAGCGUGGUAAAAACCGAGAUGUCAAUUUUCGAGACAUCAUGAGACAUAGGUACAAAAGUAUUAUUAAGAAUAAACGAGAGUCUCUUUUAGAACAAGUGCGCAAUGUUGCAUAUGAAAUGCGAGAAAAUGAGGUCACUUCAUUUAUUGACAAGACAUGCAUAAAAAUGGAUGUAGAAGAAGAUGAUGGAUUUCAUUCUCUGGACGAAGAAGAUAAAAUAUUUGAUGAAAUUAAACAGGAAAUCUUAGAUGAAGAGAUGAAAUGGAUAUGUGAACAAGAUAUCGAUUAUAAUAUAUAUUUACAGCAUUUACAAAAUAAUUCUAUUGAAUGUCCUGUUUGCCAUACUGGCAAUCUCAUAAAAUCAACUGUCAAUACAAUUUCUUGUGAUAUAUGUCAUACAUCCAUUCAGACAUUCCUUGAAAUUGAUGCGUUAAAAAAUAAUAUGGAAAAUACUGCUGCUGAACAUUCAUGUGUUUGUCAGUCACCAAUUGAAUGCAUUGUUUUCCCGACACCUUAUGAUAAUUCUAUGUUUAUGUUAUGUAACAUCUGUCAGUUCCUUUUUCAGAUAUCAUAAGUAUAAUUAUAUAUAAUACAUUUAAGCUUAUAAAUUGUGUAAAACUUAUAUUCAAAAU